GGGAGUGUAGUGCCCCGCCAAGGAGGCCUUGGGCAAAGCAAGCCUGCCCCUUUAAGGUAGUGUUCCUCCCCUCCCCCGCUCCCUGCAGGUGACCCUUGUCCAGCCUUGCCUGCCACAAGAAGGCCGGAUGCCCCUUCUCUGGGUGUCCUGUCUGUCUCCGGGCCUGCGGUCAGAGUCGUGAGUGCUGACAGUUAAUGCUUGCUGGAGUGGGGACUUGCCCUCUCUGAUGCUUCCCAGGGUGGGGAAUUGCUAAGAACAGUUUCUCCCCUGAAUGCAUCUGGGAUUGCUACUUAUCUGCCUCUUCGCCUGCCCCCCCAGUUUAGGGACACCUUGGUUCAACUUUCCAGGGAAUGUGGGGAUGGGGUUGAAAACAAAUGAAGCUCAGUACCAGAUGUAAGGUACGUGGGGAGGGGUAUACUCAGAAGGCUCGGGUGGUACUGGACGGGUUAUAAAAUAUUUAAGAGGAAAAAACUGAGAACCCGUGUUUUUAACCAUGUGGCUUCCUCAGGGCAGAGGGUGGCCCCUCCCCAGUCAGGGCCCAGUACAGACUGACUUUUGAACCCCCCAUCCUAGCGACCAGUGAACCAUUAACUCCUAUAUGAACCUUCCCACACUUGCCCCACCCCUGACUCCGCCCCAAAGCAGCUGGGAAGGGGGAACCUAUCCAUUUCAGCCCUGUAUGAAACGUGGCUGCUGUUGCAUCUGAAGGCUGAACUCCUGACUCAGGAAUCUCGUAAGGUCCUUCCAGGGACCUGCGGCCACAGCUCUCCCAUUGCCAGUAGGGGUGAGGCCCUGCAUAUUGAGGAGGAACAGGGAGGUGGGCAAAGUGAGAGGUGGGUCUCGGGGACCUGAGAUGUUGGCCAACUCUGGACCAGAUGUAGGGAGAACUCUGGGUCAGGAGGCUGCUGCAGAAGGCCGAGGGUCGGGUCAGAGGGACCUGCAGAGGUUACUGACGAAGCCCCAUCAAGUGCCUAUGACCAUUUUCCCCAGCCCUGAGCUGAAGAGCAGAAACCCUGACCUGACCCUGACACCCUCCUCCUUGUUCUAGGACACAAUCCUCAGGAUGUUCCAAGGGAACUAGGAGUCAGAACCAGAGCCUCGAACCCAUACCCCAGUGAUGGGGCCCCCAGUGCACCAUCUGUUGGCUGGCCUGUGCAUGGGGGUGGUCUUGGGCUGGGUGGGAGGCUCAGUCCCCAGCCUGGGCCCAGCUGAACAGGAACAGAACCACUACCUGGCCCAGCUGUUUGGCCUGUAUGGAGAGAAUGGGACACUGACCGCAGGGGGUCUGGCUCGGCUUCUCCACAGCCUAGGGCUGGGUCGAGUUCAGGGGCUUCGCCUAGGACACCAUGAGCCUCCUACUGGGCGGGCUGCAGCCCCAAGUGGCGACAACUUCACACACAGGCUGCAAGAACCAGAGCUGAGUGUGGAUGUCUGGGCAGGAAUGCCUCUGGGUCCUCCAGGCUGGGGUGACCUGGAGGAAUCAAGGGCCCCUCACCUGCCCAGUGAGCCAGGGCCCUCAGGCCUAGACCUCUUCCACAGGCUUCUGCUGCUGGACCAUUCGUUGGCUGACCAUCUAAAUGAAGAUUGUCUAAAUGGUUCCCAGCUGCUGGUCAAUUUUGGCCUGAAUCCUGUUGCUCCUCUGACCCCUCGUCAGUUUGCUCUGCUCUGCCCAGCCCUGCUUUACCAGAUCGACAGCCGUGUUUGCAUCAAAACCCCUGCUCCAGCACCUCCAGGAGAUGUACUGUCCGCGCUGUUCCACAGUGCCCUGGCGGUCCUGUUGCUCAGCCUACCUGCCCCCCUCUCACUGCUCCUGCUGAAGCUCCUGGGUCCUCGUCAAUUGCGGCCGGUGCUGGGCUUCCUGGGGGCCCUGGCCGUGGGUACUCUCUGUGGCGAUGCAUUGCUACACCUGCUGCCACAUGCACGAGGAGGGCAGCACACAGGACCUAGUGAGCAUCCAGAGGAGGAUCUGGGGCCGGGGCUGUCAGUGCUUGGUGGUCUCUUCCUGCUCUUCGUACUAGAGAACGUGCUGAGGCUUGUGCGGCCCAGAGGGCUCAGGCCAAGAUGCUGCAAGAACAAAAGGGACCUUGGAGAACCAAACCCUGACCCUGAGGAUGGCAGUGGGAUGGUCCUUCGGCCGCUACAGGCAGCUUCAGAGCCAGAGGUUCAGGGCCAGAGGGAGAACAGUCAGUCCCCACCAGCUCCAGUCCCUCCUGGGCACCGAGGCCACAGUCAUGAGCACCAGGAUGGUAGCAGUAUCGCAUGGAUGGUCCUCCUGGGAGAUGGCCUGCACAACCUCACUGAUGGGCUUGCAUUAGGCGCUGCCUUCUCCGACGGCUUCUCCAGCGGCCUCAGCACCACCCUCGCGGUCUUCUGCCAUGAGCUGCCCCAUGAACUGGGUGACUUUGCAAUGUUGCUUCAGGCAGGGCUGUCCUUCCGGAGGCUGCUCCUGCUGAGUCUCGUUUCUGGAGCCCUGGGACUGGGGGGUGCAGCCCUCGGGGUGGGGCUCAGCCUGGGCCCUGCCCCCCUCACUCCCUGGGUGUUUGGAGUCACUGCUGGGGUCUUCCUCUAUGUGGCCCUUGUGGAUAUGCUACCCGCCCUGCUCCGUCCUCCUGAGCCCCUGCCUGUGCUCCACGUGCUCCUGCAGGGGCUGGGGCUGCUGCUGGGGGGCAGCCUCAUGUUUACUAUAGCCCUGCUGGAGGAACAGCUACUGCCCAUGGUUCCUGAUGGCUGAUGGGGCCAGUGGCAAAGGAUCCAGGCUGCCCUUCCUUCCCCCCAACCACAGGAACGGAGGCGGGACACAGGGCCAGUAGGAGCAACAGGAUUUUAAUAAACAGAACCCAUCCCAAA